AGCUACCAACACUGCAUUAGCCCAUAUUCAAAGCUCUGAUGGGUCAGAACCCUGCAUAGCUCCAGAACAACAAAGAAACCCUCCUCCCCAAUCCCCAUAAGCCCAUAAUCUCAUCCACAGCUAAGAAGAGAGCUUUUCUCUUUAGUCUGCUCCAAAGCCCAUCUUUUUCUGAUCAAUCUAGGGAAACCUUACCCUCAAGGAAUCAUGGCUGCCAGUGGCAACACUCGGAGCUUCACCGACGAGUUCCUCCCGCCGUUCGAGUACUUCUUCAAGGUGAUCACGCCGGAAGCCGUCCAAAACAAGAAAACGAUGCUUCCGGAGAAGUUUACAAUCACUUUCAAGGCCAAGCUCCCAAACGUGGCGACGCUGAGAGGGCCAAACGGCAGAGUUUGGCGGGUCGGGUUGACAAAAGAACGGCGAAACCCGAACAGAGUGUGGUUCGACUCUGGAUUCGGAGAUUUCCUCUGCUUCUACUCCAUCAUCGCCCGCCAUCUGCUCAUUUUCAAGUACGACGGCUCCUCCGGUUUCGACGUUGUCAUUUGCGACCUGACCGCCUGCCAGGUCGUCUAUCCGAACCCCGAAUCUCAGGUUUCUCCCGGCGAUGAAGAAGAAGACGACAGCGACGAUGAUGAGCCCACUGAAGACGAAGUCGAAGAAGAAGAAAUCAGCGAUUCCGAAUCUGACAGUGACGAGCGGUUGGGUCGUGGCCGUAUUUGGAAAGAGAAACAGGUAGAGACAACCGGGCCUUCAAGCUCUCGCCGGAAACUCACCGGAGUGAAAAUUCGAGCUGCCGGAACUGCUUCAGGUUCCCGGCGCCUGCAACAACCAAACCGCCCUCUCACGGCGGCGGGGCGACUGGCUGGGCCGGAUGGGCAUUUGUGGUGGCGGCUGAUGGCAUCGAGGAUUGUGACGUCAACCAAGUUAAGCUGCAGCUUCGACGGGUUGUCCCCAGGGAGCAAGAGAGGUAUGGAGAAAGCCAUGGAUUGCGAGCCGAGGAACCCUUCUGUGCUCAUCGUCAUGAGGAAUUUCCAUGUUUGCACGGGUGGAGUCCUGUACAUGCCCAGUAAGUUCGCCAAGAGCUACUUUUCUGGAGAUCGAGAAAGAGUCACGCUGUGUGCUUACGAGGGGAAGACGAGAUUUGUGGGUGAAUGGCGUGCUUAUGCCGCCAUAACCAAGCCGCGGUUUAGCGUAUUGUAUAUCAGAGGGUGGCCGGAGUUCCGAUCGGACAAUAACUUGGCGGAGGGAGAUGUGUGCUUAUUCGAGCUCGUCGAUCAGGAGGAGAAAGUUUUCCAUGUCUACAUGUUUAGAGCUUGAUGUUGUGGGAAUGUGCCUAAUGUGUUGUAAUUUUCUUCCUAGUUUCAUAGAUGUCUGUGUUAGAUUCUAUCCAAUAUGUAUUUGUGCACUAAAUUGGAUCUUGUGAUAGGUUGUACUAAUUAUUUUA